AAGCGAGCGAGCGCGAGGCGAGCAGGCAGGGCGAAGCGAGCGCGUCGCGUCCUCGUAUCGUUCAGUCGGGUAGGCGCGUUUGUACGGCGUACGGCGUCGUUCCUCCGGUGACAUCGCUGCCGUUCGCGGGACGUCUCGACACCGUGAACAGUUGUAUACGCGAGCGCGUGUGUGACGUGUGCCUGGUUUUCCGUUUUCUCCGAUAUCUCGCGAUACAACGAAGAUAGAGCGAGAGAGGGAAUCCGGAAGAAGUAAAUAACAGAGGUGUGUUGUGGGGACACGAUGAGAGGCGCGUGUGGAAAUGAUGUGUAGUGUGAAACCGCGUUGAAACACUUCAAGCACGCGGACCGAAGGAGCAGGUAGCUUCGACGCGCAAGAGGACAGUGCAGGCCAACGGCGCCACAAAGGUGAGGGAUAUACGUGGCGUGGUGUGAUUCCGUCGAGGGACGCCAGACGCUGGACCGCCAUUGGAGGUGGGGGUGGAUUCGGGGACCGUUGACGAGAUGCUGAGAAAAUGCGUCGCGCGGUGGUCCGGGGCGAGGCCCCGGCCUCUCGUCGCACUGCCCACGUCGCCCGUCUUCGUCGCCUGCGUGCUGCUGCUCAGCGGAACUCUCGCACCUGCAACGAGAUUGAGGCACUCGAGACACCUGGACGUGAGAUCGCAGUUCCAGAGCGAGGGUGAAUUAUCGCCCGAUGAAAAUCACAACCACAAGCCGGUGUUUUCCAAUUGCUCGAAUUACGCGCCAGUAGUGGACGAGGAAGUGGAACGUUUCACGUUUGUGAUCCAGGUGCACGCCGAGGAUAAGGAUCCACCCAAGAACGGAGGAACCAUUACGUAUAGUCUCGUGAAAGAUCUUGACAAGAGGAAUUUAAAAUUUGAAAUCGACAAUAAGACGGGUAUCAUCACGACGGCCCAGAUACUCGAUAGGGACGAACCCGCCAGAGAAAGGGAAGUUUAUCUCACGGUGCUCGCAACCGACAAUGGGAAGCCGCAGCUGGAUGACGUGUGCACAUUUAAAGUCGACAUCCUAGACAUCAAUGACAAUCCACCCUUCUUCGACAAAGCGGCAUACGAGGAAUCUGUACCGCAAGAUUUACCAGUGGGUCGCGAGGUCAUGCGAGUCUCCGCGACUGAUAUCGACGAUGGCAUCAACUCCGUUGUACGAUAUGAUUUGAUAGCUAAGAAACAGGAAGAUUCUUCAUACUUUCGGAUCGACCGCGAGACCGGUGUCAUAUUCCUCAACAAAACUAUAGACCGGAGUCCAAAUUCUAAAUUCAGUAUCGUAGCUACCGCCACGGAUACUGGCGAGACCCCGCUGAGCACUGCCAUUGAACUUGACAUACGGGUUGUAGAAUCGCAUAAGAAGGCGCCAGCUUUUCUCCCGAGAUCAGCAGAACCGAUCAAAAUACCGGAGAAUUUUAGCGAUUUCGACGCCAGCAUUAUCCAGCUGAAAGCAGUUUCCAAUAUUGUUAAUUCCAGUAAUUCGGACAAUUCGAAUCUGGUUUUUGAGCUCGUGACUGGUAGAACGGAACAAAGUAACAAGGGAAACACUUUCAGAAUAAUACAGACUAAAAAAGAUAGCAAUGUAGCAGAUAUCAAGUUAUCUCAGCGACUUGAUUACGAGAGUAACACGCAGUACUCGUUAAUAGUGAGAGUACUAAACGAUUAUCAGUUAGCUGCCGAAACGGUGAUCGAUAUUGAAGUUCUAGAUGUAAAUGAUAAUAUUCCGGUCUUCCGUGAUAUUAAAGGAGGAAGCGUGUUAGAAAAUGAGCCCCGAGGAGUCGACGUGAUGCAAGUGCGAGCCAUUGACGCUGAUGGAACUUCUGCUAAUAAUCAGGUCAGCUACGAGUUGGACAGUUACAAGGACCUCUUCGCCAUCGACCCGAUAACUGGCACUAUCACAACGUUAACGUCAUUCGACAGAGAGUUCAAGGAGUUUUAUGUUGUGACAAUAAUAGCGACAGAUAAUUCGCCGAGUGCUUUGUUUAAAACCGGCGAGCACAAUAAGGGACAACAGUAUUUCCGAAUUGUAAUCGCCGAUAAGAACGACAAUCCGCCUCACUUCACUCAGAAAGUGUAUGCCCAUAGUUCGGUUUUAGAAAACGUCCACAUUAACGCGCAAGUAACUGAAGUCACAGCUGUCGAUUCAGAUUCGGAGAGUACUGUCGAAUACAGCAUCAUGUCGGGCAACACCGACGACAGUUUUUACAUCGAUAACUCGGGAAAGAUUCGCGUGCACAAGCAGCUCGAUUAUGAAAAAAUCACCAAGUACAAUUUAACUGUAAGAGCAUUUGACGGUGUGUUCAAUGAUACGGCGCAAGUCGAGAUUUUUAUCGAAAACGUUAAUGAUAAUCAGCCGAUCUUUGAAGAAUUCGACAAGAAUCCGACGAUAAUGGAAGAAAAAUUGGUUGACGGAUGUAUCACCACUGUGAAGGCUUACGAUCCUGAUAUCGAGGACAGGAAGGCUGAUCAGCAUAUUGUUUAUUCCAUCGUUAAGGAAGAGUACCAACCCUUGAUAGGAAUAGACAAAUCUGGCUGUAUGAAAUUGAAAAAGCCGUUAGAUCGUGAUCCACCGAAUGGCUUUUCGACGUGGAUUAUCAGCGUAAUGGCGAGAGACGAGGAUGGUUCAUCUACGGCUCUUCAACAAUCGCAGCAGGUUAAUAUUACUCUCAUAGAUAUAAAUGACAACGCACCGUUCCUCGAUAUGCCUACAGUUAUUUGGGACGAAAAUAAGGCACCCGGCAAAAUAACUGAGUUGAAGGCGCGCGAUUACGACUCCGACGAGAAUGGUCCGCCGUUCGAGUUCAGAAUCGACGAAACCGCGAGCGAUGAAAUUAAAUCUAAGUUUGAAAUACGCGGAAUUUAUUUGUACUCGCUAAUACGGCUUGAUCGGGAAAGUCAGAAGAGUUACGACAUACCGAUCGCGAUCACGGACAGUGGUUCACCGCCUAUGACGGGUACCUCGACGCUCACUGUGAUCAUAGGCGACGAAAAUGACAAUGCUAUGCACGAGGGCUCGAGCUCUAUAUUUGUUUACAAUUACAAAGGAGAAGCUCCUGACACGGAAAUCGGACGCGUUUACGUUAACGAUCCGGAUGAUUGGGAUCUGCCGGACAAAUCUUUCGAGUGGGCCUCUCAGCACGACGGUUUCUCUCUUGAUAAAAGUACCGGCAUGAUUACCUUAUUGUCGGGUACGUCAAAUGACACUUUCGUGUUGAAGUUUAUUGUCACCGAGCAUGGCGUACAUGUUCCAUCGCAUCAAGUAUAUGCCUACGUGAACGUCACUGUCAAAGAACUUCCCGAAGAAGCUGUUGCCAGAUCCGGCUCUAUACGAUUUUAUGGAAUAACGGCGGAGCAAUUCGUGGAACCUGACGAAUCCGGUGUUAGUAAAAAGGAGAUAUUCCAAGAGAAAUUGGCAACUAUGCUGAAUACAUCGGUCGAGAACGUCGACGUGUUCACCGUACUUCAUUCGCCUCAUCAUAACAAUCGAAGCUUACUGGACAUCCGAUUUUCGGCCCAUGGCAGCCCAUAUUACGCUUCUGAAAAGUUGAACACAAUAAUAGCGCAACAUUCAAAAGAAAUUGAGCGGGAGAUGAAAGCGGAUAUUUUACUGAUGAACAUCGACGAAUGUUUAUUCGAGAAGCUUUACUGCAACAAUUCGUGCCGCAACUUCUUGAACACCAGCACCGUUCCAUAUGUCGUCUACACUAAUACCAGCUCGUUUGUUGGUGUUAGGGCGGUCGUAGAUCCGCAGUGCACUUGCCACGUAGCGGAACCCAUCGUCUGCUUGAACGGCGGGACUCCUCUGGCAGAACGAUGCGAGUGCCCGCCUGGUCUAGAAGGGCCGAGAUGCGAACUGUUGGGUAUUGGUUUUCACGGAGACGGCUGGGCUGUAAUUCCGCCGCCUGGUCAAGCCUGCGACGACUCGCAUUUAGGAUUGGAGAUAACGCCACACGUGGAUAAUGGCCUUGUAUUUUAUUUCGGUCCCAUGACUUAUAAUCCGAAGCUUAAAAUUCAGGAUUUCAUGUCUUUGGAACUUCAGCAAGGCUUCGCUGUGUUGUAUAUUGACUAUGGAACGGGAACUGUGAGGCUAGAACACAAACGGAUCAAAUUAACGGACGGAAAGAGCCACAGAAUAGACGUUUACUGGAAGAAAACUUCCAUAGAAAUGAUAGUCGAUAAGUGCGGUAUAUCCGCUUGCAUGAGUCUCACUGCACCGCAAGGCACCAAUGAGUUCUUAAACGUUAACAGCCCGAUGCAAAUAGGUGGUACAUUGUCUAAUCUAGCGCACUUAGCAUCGAAUUUAGGAUGGGAUUACAAACCGACUGAGAAAGGAUUCGUUGGGUGUAUACGCAAUAUGACGUUCAAUGGAAAUACGUACAACUUAGGCAUGCCGUCACUGUCCAGAAACGCCGAUCCUGGCUGCAAUCACGGCAUGGCAAAGGCAAUCUCAUUCGGAAUUGACAUGAACUUUCUAGUAGCUAUUUUGGUUUGCGUAUUGAUAUUGUUAAUAUUGCUCGUCGCGGUAGUCGUGCACAGGAGAAAGACGGAUGAUCUGUAUAAAGAUAUGGACGAUAUCAGAGAAAAUAUUAUUAAUUACGAGGACGAAGGUGGCGGUGAGGUUGACACGGGUUAUGACUUAAACGUGUUGAGAGCCAUUUACGACGCGCCACCCAUUGAUUCGAAGAUAGCUCCAGUCGGCCUACAGGGUAGAGGAACCGACGAAGUUCCAGACAUUUGUGGCUUCCUAGAUGGUAAGAAAGAAAGCUGCGAUAAAGAUCCUGACACAAAUCCGUUCGACGAUGUAAGGCAUUACGCUUACGAGGGAGAAGGCAAUUCAGAAGGCGAUCUAUCGUCAUUAGCCUCCUGUACUGACGAUGGAGAUCUCAAGUUUAAUUAUCUAUCUAACUUUGGGCCAAGGUUUAGAAAAUUGGCAGAUAUGUAUGGAGAAGAUCCAAGUGACGAGGAAAGUGACGGGGUUGGUGAACGAGAGAGCGAAAGCUGGUGUUGAGUUUUUCUAAAUGAGAACACCGUAGAUUUAAAAUUUCAACCCAGAAAACGCACACAGCUUGCAGAUCCGUUCCCGAUUGUGUGGUUCGUGUAAUAAUCAGGAGCAUACAUACCAUGGAUCGUUUACACUGCAGGUUUGUGCGUACCACAGCCCCAGAUUCCAGUUAAUUGGGAAAACAAAACCGAGGCUUCAUUGUACUUAAAUGACAUAAAGUGUGGUCUCAUUCAUCGAUUACUCUAGUUUUUGACGGUUGAUAAGACGAAGUUGAUGAGUGCGUAUACUACGCCAUCAAUGCAAUGUGUAAUUAACGCGCGUGGUUUAUUAGUGACGGAAUAAACUUUAUAAUUAACAUAAGUGACUAUACGGACGCUAUAUGAAUUUUGUUUACUCGCGCGGAAAGUGAUGCGUAUCUUAUACUGACCCUUAAAAUGAAUUUUUAUAUCGUGUCGAUAAAACCUAUAGCGCAUUUAUGUUAUACUUUUACACUAGAAAGUGAUAUAUGUGUGUAAGUGAGACGAGAGAAAAUAGUACGUUCAUUGAACAGUGCACGCAGAAGUGAACAUUAAAAGUUCUGGAUCAAUGUGUUCUCGUUAGUAUUCCGACGAGUUGGACAAUCGACACUUCCAUGCAUCCACGAGUCUCUCCUUUUUUUCUUUUAACUUAAUUAGUUAAACAUAUGACUACUUAUGACAUUACUUAUUGCAUUGGACAGAUUAUAAUAAGCGCGAUGCCUCAUGAGAAAUACCAGGACAGCGGCAUAAAUAUUGUAUUACGUAAACGGCUUAAUACUUCGUCGAUUAUUCUGUUCGGAGAUUACAUAUUGAGAAUAUGUAGAAUGAUGAAGAAAAACUGCCGACAUUUUUGUUAAGAUUUUUGAAAUAAAAAUCAAAGAAAAUUUACACGAAAGAAGCUAUAUAAUUCUUGUAAACCUGUUUUUUGUUUUUCUUUUAUUUUAAGCCUUUGGUUUUUAGAAGUUUUCUUUUUUAGACAUGUACAAAAAUCACUCCGUGAUUGAGUUGUUUGUUAUAUGAUUUCUCUUUCUUUCCUUUAAAUUAAAAAUAUAUACAUAAGUUGUUGGCAAAGUAUUAAGCCAAUUUUUUAAAUUAUUCAUUCAUCGAGUUAAGACGAGAGAAAGAGCUACUGUCUAUUUUGUUAAUAUUUUUUUAUAAUUGCGUAAUAGCGACGAAAUGCUAUGUGACUGACUUUAGAACUCGCCGUCUAGGAAAACUUGAGUAACUUCGUAAAGUACGCCGACUGCCAAAUUCAAGGAAACACUCUCGCUUGUACAUGCAUUAUUAGCUUUAAAGCUUUAAAGUUCUCUUUGCUACUGGAAUGUAGUAUUUGAAUAUUGUACUGUAAUUGAAUAAUGUCAGUUCAUAAAAUGUCAAUAACGUCACGGUUUGCAAUCAGUAGUCUACAACGAGAAUAUAAUUGUUGUCAAUUGAUAAAUCUGUAUUCUUGAGUUUGGCAAUCGUCAAGUCAUAAGGUUUCUAGACUAUUUUUUAUACAUACAUUAUAUAAAGAAAAAAGUACAUAUAUAUAAAUAAAGAGAGAUAUAUAUAGAUAUAAAAAAAAACUGAAUAUAAUGGUCGAGCGAUCAAUGAAGUAAUUGUAAAAGGAAAAAUAUGGACAACUCUUCUUACGGGAAUAAAGAAAGAUAGCGCCACUCUUUUAUUUAAUUUAUAUAACAUUUUAAUAAUUACAUAUGUGUGAGUAAGAAGGAAGGUGUACAUGAUGUAUGAUGCUAUGAGCAUAUGCGUAACAUCUGUAUUAUCAGGUGAGCGCGUACAAUAUUGCGUACGUAUUGUUAUAUUCGAUAUAUGUUACAAAAUGGAUAAAUAUGUAUGUGUGUGCGUUUAUAUAUAAUUUAUAUGCAUAUGUAUAUAAGCAUAUAUAGGUAUAUAUGUAUAUAUACACGUACAUAUAGCCAGAUAGCCAAAUCGAAAAGUAUUGGCUAUCAAUUUUAUUGGCAAAAUGGUAACAAAAGUGUAAUAGAAAAUUAACACAAUAUGAUAGCAGAUUGACCACCGAAAAAUGAUACAUUCUAUUUAAAUGGCUACGAAAUGACAGAUGCGCUCGAUUUCUGCUAGUGAUCUGUUGCAAUAUUCUGUUUUGAAUCUGCUAACAUAUUGCUAACAAUUUUGCGUACUGGAUAUACACGUAUAUCCAUCCUCCUUUAUACGUGUAUACUUCUCGUGAGAGUCGGAAAAGGUUAUUUCUCAUCGCAAGUUUGUCCGUAUAAUGUUAUUCCGCCAGUAGGGCUUUAUCGUUAUAAGCAACUGAUCCGAGUAUUCCAGAUAUUGCGACCGCGGGUAUAGACGACACCGAAGACGACCGACGCAUGAAGAUCGAGUGCCAUAGCGCGCUUUGGACGUUGAUCUUUCGCUUUAUUUCACGAAUAAUAACUCGUACUAGUAAGAUCAUUGUGUAUCACGGCUCGUAAAUAGCUUCGGGACGACAUAGUACAUUAUCUUCGUCAUGAAAACAUUUGUUCUUCGUGUUCUUCAUUGACUAAUCACCGUUUCAUGUUACUAACACUCAUCAUUUUCGCUAUAUCUUCAUGCGGUUAACAAGUAUUUAUGUGGACGUGGAUGCUCUUAUUUUUAAGGUUCUUAUACAAAAUAAAAGUGACAUAUGUAUUAUCUGCAUGUGGUUACGUUGAGACAUACUUUGGUACACAAAUGUUUGGUUAUUCGUGCGUUUUAAGAUUUUUUAUAACUCAUCGACGAAGAAAUAAACGCAAUGAAGAAAACGUUUGUUGAAUGUAUUUUGAUACUUGUCAUGAGGUAUACUAUAUACAUACCAUCAUUAUGGUAGAACGAAGAAUAUUGCGAUGUCCUCUUAAGAGUAUCUUCUAAGAAGUUCAAACUCGUGUUGACAAAGUCUGUACAUACAAUUAUAUUCGGUAAAUUUUCAAUAAUUCAUUCACACUUUGUGUGCAUAAGUGCAUAAAUAACCGAGAAAAAUGUUAAAUCGCGUUUUUAUACUUAAAAUAUAAAAUUAAAUCCUAGCGUAUUCUAUGCAUAAAAGCAAUCACAAUCAAAUAAUUUGAUGUUUACGAGAGAUAGCGAGAGAAAGUAGACAUCGGUAUUUGCUUUUUGUUGAUCGGAUGUUGGAAUGAACUCAACGUACCGCGCAGUCUUAAUACAUAUCGUGAAAUCCAACUCGUAUAAGGUAUGUCAUACAUGUAUAUGAUAAGAAACGUAAUUUAGGUGGACGUGUGUGAUCUCAAGAGUUGAGGAGCAGAUUUCAAACGUUCCUCUAGGAAUGUCUAUAAGCUAUUUAAGGGGCUUGCCAUUGAACAACGAUUGAGACGAGAGAUAAAAUGGAUAAAAUAUAGCCAGACAAAGGACAACAAGGAUUAUCAAUGUUAAAAUUUAACUCUUGCGCACUGCCGUGCUAUUCACUUCCUUUUUACAAUGAGGCGAUAUUUGGCAAGCGUUGUUCAAAGAUGUUACUUCAAUAUAAAGUUUAUAUGAUAAAGGUUAGUGUAAUAAUAAUUGUAAUAGAUUAAUCCGUCAAGUUGGACGUGCAACAACUAAUGCUAAAUAUUGCUCGAUUUUCUUUAAGUAUUCUGUUAAUGAGAUUAGCUCAUUAUUGUAUGCGAGGAGCAUAAGAAUUUUAUAAUUUUCUGCGAAGAAGUGUUUUUUUUUUUUUUUACUCACUUGUUAAAAGAUCCUCAAAAAGAGACUUGCCCGUAAAUGAAUCUGUAUAUAACACUUCACUUCGUAGCGCUGUAAAAAAAAAGUUAACAUUCUCAUUAUUUCUCACCAGUUUUAUACGUCUGUGUAACUGUCAUUUCUAUUAUUCACAGAGAUGAACAAUAGGUAAAAUAUAAAAAAGUUCAUAAAUGCUGUUGAUAAAUGUUUACUAAACACUGCCUUUAAGAUAGAGGAAGAUCAAGCAUUUUUUGAGACGCGAUCUUAAUAAUUAAAUCUUAAUUGGAUCUUACAAUGUACUACUCUACACUUUAAUAAAAAUGUACUGUAAAAAAAAACUCAAAUAAUUAGAUACAAAAAGAUAUAUAUACAUACGAGAUAAACAUAAUGCGCGCGCGUGUACACAAGCUUGUACAUUACUUAGAAAAAUAAGAACUAUCGUGAACCAUUUAAUAUGUGAUAAUCGACGGCAACGCAUAUGAGCGCACCAUUAUCCUUUAUCUUCGAUCCACCCUUAGCUCGAAAAGGUUCUGUGUAAUUUCUUUUUUGUAGUAAUAAAGUGAAAUUCGAAUAUA